AUGCUGUGGUUAUGGACUGGCUAUGCUCUGGCUAUACUGGUUAUGGACUGGCUAUGCUGGUUAUGGACUGGCUAUGCUGGUUAUGGACUGGCUAUGCUGGCUAUGGACUGGCUAUGGGAGUGGUUAUGGACCGGCUAUGCUGGCUAUGGACUGGCUAUGUGGUUAUGGAGUGGUUAUGGACCGGCUAUGCUGGCUAUGGACUGGCUAUGGCAAACUCCUUACACCUCAUGUAUUACGUAUAAUGGUGCGGUGCUCCCCCCCCGUAGCCCCCUAGCCCCCGUAGCCCUCGUAGCCCUCGUAGCCCCCGUAGCCCCCGUAGCCCCCCCCGUAGCCCCCGUUAGUGCCCCCGUCUCCUGUCUCUCUUUCUCAACGGAUAGGGGUCUCUAA